AAAAGAAGAGCUCUGUUGUCACUGCCAUCACAGUAGGUAUUUACAAAUUAGCGGACUUCCUGGGCAUCAAGCGUUCUCUGUCAACACUGUUGCGUAUAACAGAAUCACACUCUCGCUGGAGAUUUUGUAUCAUUAAUGAGGUUAUCUGACGGGCACCUGUGAGUCAGAGAUGGAGAAACUAGAGACACCAGGGCUCCAGUCUAGACUGUCAUCCCUGUCCGUUUCUUCUUUCCCUGGUAUAACUUCAAAAAACUGUGAAGCAAAUCCUUUGAACAGACUUCAAAGCACAGACCUUUCCCGGACAGUGAUCCAACCAGACAACCAAACUGAAAUGGAUGGUAUCAGCAAUGACAAAGAAUUUCCACAAUCUACCGAGGAGCCCAGUGUAUCUCUUGGGAAAGCAGAGGCAGUUGACUCACAGGAGAGCACUACCAGUGAGGGGACCUCACCGCCUGGGGAGAAAAAAGCUCUUCCGCCAUUGAAACCUGCAUCUACCUGGACUUCAAUGGCCCUGAAAGAGCUAAAGGCUAAGAUGCGUCAAGAGAAGGACAGUGUGGUGACUGUCUACCGUGGAGAUAUAAUGACCGUCCACAUGCCUACUGUUCCUGAGGCCAAGCGUGUGUGUUGGGAGUUUGCUACAGAUGGUUAUGACAUUGGUUUUGGGGUCUACUUCGACUGGUCACCAGUCACCAGCAGAAACAUUACUGUCCACAUUAGUGAAUCCAGUGAUGACGAGGAUGAAGAUGAUGAGCUGGAAGGCCCUGUUGUUCCUGGAGAUGUAGAGAAGGGCUCUAAAUCAGCAGCCAACUCGAACUUGGGAGAGAUCCUUCCUGUGUACCGUCAAGAUAGUCAUCUGGCAGUGCAGGGUGGCAGCCAUGAUUUUCCAGGAGAGGGCACGUACUUAAUAAAGUUUGACAACUCUUAUUCACUCUGGCGGAAUAAGACACUGUAUUACAGAGUGUACUACAGUGCCUGAGGAAUCAAGUGCAUAUUUAAAAUGAAGGUUUUAGUGAUACUUAUGUUUGAUCUUGUGUAUUACAUUACUGUUUAUGUAUAAUUCUUGCUAUUGUUGAUUUGUGCUUUUAUUUUAUCUAAAGCCCUAUCAUCGAUCAAAAAGUUUGCUUAUAUGUACAAAAUGAUUUUAGAAGUAAGGGAAUCACAAAGCUCAUGAUAUGUGUUAUGUUUGGUGUUUUGCGUGCACUUAAGAUACUAUGUGCAAAUAAUAUUUCAAGGGUCCAUAUAUGUUUUAUAUUUGCAUUUGCAGAUACCACAACUGUGGCAUCGCAUAUCAGGGACUAUAGUAGUAAUCAGGGAAGGUUUAUGGGUGUUCACCCUGGUCAAAUGCUUUUCAAACAUUUCCAUACAGAUCAAAUGCAAAUAAGAAAACAGACCACAGUUUAUUCAGGUUGUGAUAAAUGAGUAAUUUUAAAGUCUCUAUAUGUAUAUAUAGAGAGAGAGAGAGAGAGAGAUUUAUUGAUGUGUAUUGCCAAUAGUCUUCUGGAGUGGUUCUUUGAGGUCAGAUAUAUUUUUGUCUUAUCAAAAUUCACAGCAGAACUACAAAAACACUUGAAGCUACAACUACUGUAGUUAAGAUAUAUUAGAAACCUCAUUCACCUAUAUAUGUUUUUAUUGCAGUUGGAAGCUGUAGCAAGAUGGCUAUCAAAUCAAUCACCAGGGAUACUACUUAUGGCAGUGGUCACAUCCCCCUUGUUUAUAACUUAAAAGGAAACCAUUUCCUGCCACAAAAGGCAGCUAACUUGUUACAUAACUGAUUCAAUAUUUACAUGUCCCAGGCUCUGAAGGGUGGUUCAGAAAAAUACAAGACAAACUCUAGCAGAGUUUCAUGAUUAUUUCUGUUUAUGUUGUGCAAUAUGCCACACUGAGUGCUGACAGCAAGGGUUGUAGUAUAGUGUUUACUUUCAUUUCAGUACUCUGUUCUUGAUUGUAUUAAGAAUACCAAAUCACACUGCAAACAUGCAACCUGCACACUUGCCUCCUUUACCAGUGAAUUACUUUUGUACCUUUAAUUAUUUGUAUGUCUUAAGAGACUUGCAUUGUGCUGCUCAGAUACUUUAUACUGCUAAUGUGCUUUUUUGCCUGUCCUUCUGUGUAUCUUUUUUGGAUGAUAUGAAUUUGAUGUUUGUUUGUCAACCUUUUCAUGUUUUUCUUUUGCUGUUUGUUCACAAUAAACAUUGCUAAUGAA